UCCUGCUCCUGUCCCCCCCCCCAGCCCCCGCCUUAUAAGCUCUCAAGAUCUCGAUCAAGAAAUCAAGGUACCAACCACGGUUGUCUCUCUAUUUACUUAUGUUUUUUUAUGUCUUGUCAUCAUCCGUAGAGUUUGAAAAGAAAAAAAAAUCGAGUCUCUCUUGACAAAGUAGUACAGAAUAGAAAGUAAAGAUAUCGGUUUUCAAAUGUAGGGUUUAAAAGUAAAAGGUCGUCAGGAAAAUACAUACUCAAGUAAAGAUACCUGAAAAAUCCUACUUAUGUACACAAGUAUUUGAACUUUGUUUCUUCCCACCGCUGAUGAUGACAUUGAGUCAAUCAGUCACAGGGGUGCAUGUACACAGGACGCUGUUAUAUAACAACAUUGCUCGGCUUCAGCGUAAGGUGGAGCUUUUCACGAGUUCCAAGGAAGUGAAAGAGAGACUUUCUGUCUGGGAUUUCCUCUACUGACGAGGAAUGGAUGGCAACACAUCUCAACUGCUAUGCGCAAAAUUGUCAGAUCCAAAGCCUUUCGCGGACUGACUCCGGCAUGCUCCAAACAGACAUUCGGUACACCAAACUCCGAUGGUUUCUGACAGCCGUCGGGCUUCUCCUGUACGUCGUGGACAUCUGGACAGACGUGGGACUGUCCCUGAAGUACCUCCUGGACGAACAUUACAUACGCUCGGCAAUGACUUUCUCCUUCGUCCUGGCCGGGCUGCUGGUGACUCAGAUUUUCAGUCACGCCUGGUACGAGGACGACCUGGAUGAUACUUUGAUGAACCCUGUAUCGGGAAUGUCCAAGUGCAGACUCGUGAUCAUCCACCUGUGCGGCGCGGGUAUUUUUACCAGGUACUACCACUUAUUGAAAAGUGGCUUCAGAGUGGUCUGGAUCUCAGCUGGCUCCCUUGACGAGGAUGCGAGGAAGGAAGUGCACCACGGCCUCUUUUGCCAAGCCACCGACCUGAGCAUGCUCAAACUCUUCGAGGCGUUUUUGGAGAGCGCCCCCCAACUCCUCCUGCAGAUCUACAUAGUCCUGGACAAGGGCGGGGCCUCGGUCGUGCAGUAUUUGUCUAUGGUCUUCUCCUCUUUUAACAUCGCCUGGGCCUUGGUGGACUACCGCCGCUGUCUCCGCCGGUCGCUGCCCCGCAUCCAGGAGAUGCCGUCCGGCAUACCCACCGUCAUUUACUUCCUCUACAAACUCUGCACCAUUAGCAGCCACAUCCUCAGCUACAGCCUCCUUCUGGUACUCACCCCUUACUGCGUGAUACCCUUGGUGGCUAUUUUGUGGCUCCUGGGUACCAUGUGGUCACACCUACUUUGCACCAACUUCUGCUCCACCAGAAGCCAUGAGAUGGUCUACCGCGCUGUGGUUGGGUUCAUCCUCACGUUCACCUUUUUUAAUGUCAAAGGACAGGACACCAGAAUAGCCAUGGUUGUGUAUUAUAUCCUCUACUCGCUCAUUAACAUGACGUCGCCAUUACUUUUGGCUUUGUUUAAGCCGGACGUGCAGAAGGCAACGUUCUUCCUCGUGAUCAGCGGGUUCAUUUUCUGCGGUACUGUGUUGGGGCUGGUCUGCCUCGUGUUGUACUACCUCCACCUGCACCCGAGGGAGAAAAGGCGCCAAGCCGACGAGGUGGACGGGACUGUUAACCGCACGGAGCUAAAAGGGAGGAUGAGCAACUUUCUGCGGCCUUGACGGACAUUUAGUCAAGAUGGCGGACAUGCUACGACGAGGACGGCAGUCCCGAAACAUGGAUGAGACUCUGAGGAACACAACACUCCAUCAAAAUGGCAGACAUGCUUUCAGGAAAAUCAUCAGCUUGUUGUCAUUUAAGAAAAAGUGACAUACAAGUAUCUUUUAAUAAAGAUGACACUCCACAAA